AUGCUGGCCUACAGUUUCGACGAACCUGCGAGUCUGAAUCCACUGCUGGAGCUUUUCCGUGAGGUGAACGAGACACUCGCGCACGUGGCGCACUACAUCCUCCGCUUCACAACCGUUGCCAUCUUUAGUUUGCUUGCUGGCUUGCUAGCUACCUCAUUGGACGAGUCAGUCGCAGUCCAACCUCUGAAGUGGGUGCUGAUCGUGGUGACCACUCUGGUUGUGACCGGGCUCAUCCAUAUGCUUUUGAAUGUGCCUGCACUAUUCCUGCUCAUUACACGCCGGAACCCGUUCUCCUUCAUACUCUAG